AUGGCAGAAGGUAUCAUGAGCAAAGCUGCGACCAUGGAGAUCCCCAUUAACAGCAAUGGAGACACUGGGACGCAGCCAGAAGAUGACAGUCUGGAGCAGAUGGUUAAAAUUGACGGGAAGAUGGAUAUCUUUAUACCCCUGUUGUUUGUGUAUCAGGAUUUGCAGCAAGUGAUGGUAUCGGGGCCCAACCUCAACGAAACCAGCAUUGUCUCAGGAGGCUACGGCGGUCCAGCAGGGGGCAUCAUUCCUACCAGCACCAUCAAAGGGCCAGCCAUUCGUUUCAACCCAGACUAUUUGGACAGAAGACGUGCCCCUGCACCAGACAUCCGCAUGAAAUCCAGAGCCGCUAACCUGCCUACCAGCCACUCUGCCGCCAGUCGACUAGCGCAGCACGGCGGCCAGUCGCUUUCAGGCUCCUCCAACCAUAACACCUGCAACGCUAUAGAAGAAGUAUCCCGCGGGGUGGCGGUGGAGAAGCUGGACAGUGUGAAGAAAUGGGGCAUCAACACAUAUAAGUGCACCAAGCAGAUGUUCUCGGAGCGCUUCGGCCGAGGCUCACGGACGGUGGACCUGGAACUGGAGGCCCAGAUCGACCUGCUGAGAGACACCAAAAGCAAGUACGAGAACAUCCUCCGGCUAGCCACCGCGCUCACCAGCCACUUCCAGAGCAUGGUGCAGACUCAGCAGGCUCUCGGGGACACCUUCACCGACCUCAGCCAGAAGUCACCGGAGCUCCAGGAUGAGUUUGGGUAUAACGCGGAAACCCAAAAGCUAUUGUGCAAGAACGGAGAGUCCUUGCUGGGCGCCAUCAACUUCUUUGUGUCCAGCAUCGACACUCUGGUCAACAAGACCAUGGAGGACACACUUAUGACCAUCAAGCACUAUGAGAAUGCAAGGUUGGAGUUCGACGCCUACCGGUCAGACUUGGAGGAGCUGAGUUUAGGCCCGAGGGACGGCGCCGCCAUGGUCCGCAUCGAAAUGGCCCAACACGACUAUCAAGUGCACAGGGACAAAUACGAGCGGCUGCGCAGUGACGUCACGAUCAAGCUCAAGUUUUUAGAGGAGAACAAGGUGAAAGUGAUGCACAAGCAGCUGCUCCUCUUCCACAACGCCAUUUCGGCUUACUUCGCCGGCAACCAGCAGCAGCUGGAACAAACUCUGGUGCAGUUCAACGUCAAGCUAAAGCCGCCCGGCGCCGACAAGCCGUCCUGGCUGGAGGAACAGUGA